AAAAUAGGCAUGUCUAAAGUGUGGCCCAGGGGCCGUUUGUGGCCCUCAGAGUGAUUUUGUGAACAUUUUAUCAGGUUUUAUUAUUCCUGAUGUUUUUUUUUUGUUUGUCUUUUCUCUGACAUUGUUUUGUUUAUUUCUUCAGGUUGUGAGAUUUUUAUGUUUGUUAUUUUGUUUUUAGUCUCUUGCUGACGUGCUAUUUUUCAUCCCUUUGAGGUUAUUGCAGUCAUUUCCUCUGAGUCUUUGUGUUUUUUUUGUGAAUCACACGUGAGUCAGGGAAGAUAGAAUGUGCAGCGUGCACGGACCUGCAGCAGCACGAGAAGGCAGUUUAAAACCGCCGCUGGGAGACGGAGACUGACUUCAGGAUUCAAACAACAUGGAGAUGAACUGGACUUCAGUCUGCGGGCUUCUGGCUGCGGUUUGCUUGGUCCAGGUGGUGCACAGCUUCUACUCUGAGCGGCGCUGCGAGUGUAACGGGAGGGCUCAGUUCUGCCAGCUCGAUGCCACGGGUCUCAGGUGUAUCGAGUGUCAAGGAAACACCGAAGGUCGUCACUGUGAGCGCUGCAAGGUUGGUUUCUACCUCCAGGGGGCGGGACUCAGCUGCACACCCUGCAACUGUAAUCCUACAGGUUCUGUCAGAGCAGCGUGUGACAGCAGGGGGCGCUGUAGCUGCAAAGAUGGCGUCAGAGGAGAGAAAUGUGACCGCUGCCCCGAUGGGCCGAUCAGACCCGACGGCUGCUUGCGCAGCCAGCAGAAGCGAGAGGAUUCUGGGAGUUUGAGUCUGCCGUGUUUCUGUUACGGACACAGCCAGCAGUGUUCUGCCACACGUGGUUACUCCAUCUACAACGUCACCUCCACCUUCUCCACAGGUCCAGAAGGUUGGAAGGCAGCGACGGUCCGGGGCGUCACUCCUGAUGACGUUCACUUCCGUUGGUCACCAAAACACCAGGACUUGGAGGUCAUCUCCAGAGUCAGCCCACCAAUAUACCUGCAUGCCCCAGAACCCUUCCUGGGGAACCAGCUGCUGAGUUAUGGACAGAACCUCUCCUUCUUGUUGCGUUUGGACCGUGGUGUCCCACACCCGUCCACCAAUGAUGUGGUCUUAGAGGGCGCCGGUAUGAGAGUCUCCGCCUCUCUGGGGGACCUGAGAACCGUCAUCCCCUGUGGACAGAAGAUCAGCUACAGUUUCAGGCUGGACGAGCAACUUGGCGCCACGUGGAGACCUCAGCUUUCCUCCUUUCAGUUCCAGAGCCUUCUCGAGAACCUCACAGCCAUCAUGAUCCGGGCCACGUUUGGAGAGAACGGUCGUGGUUACCUCGACAACGUGAAACUGGUGUCGGCGCGCCAUGGAGAAGGCAUCCCGGCUCGUUGGGUCCAGACCUGCAGCUGUCCACGAGGACAUGAGGGCGAGUUCUGUGAGCUCUGCUCAGACGGGUUCCGGCGCAGGGUUCCUGCCAACGGAGCCUUCAGCCCCUGCGAUCCCUGCAGCUGCAGGGGGGGGAGCUGUGACCCUCAGACUGGAGACUGUUACUCUGCAGACGAGACGCCCGGUGAACAGAGCUGUUCCGUGGGGUUUUACCAGGACCGGCAGGGGACCUGUGUUAGGUGUCCCUGUCCAGACGGGACAUCCUGCUCACUGGCCGCUGGUUCUCCGGAGCCUCGAUGUGACUGGUGUCCCCCAGGAGCCUUCGGUUCUCGUUGUGAUGUCUGUCGGGAGGGUUUCUAUGGAGAUCCUGCAGGUGCUUCAGGCGUGCAGCGUCCCUGCAGACCCUGUAGCUGUAACGGACACAUCGAUACCAGCGUGGUGGGAAGCUGCGACCGGAGAACCGGAGAAUGUCUGAGAUGUUUGAAUCACACAAGUGGGCGGAGCUGUGAGUCGUGUCUGAGAGGUUUCUACCACCAGAGACUUUCAGACGCCUGCAAACCUUGUAGCUGUGAUGCUCAAGGCUCCGAGUCCGAACAGUGUGAGGAUUCUGGUCUCUGUCGGUGCCGACCGGGUUUCCAGGGUCUGAGGUGUGAACGGUCCAACUGUCCUUCCUGUUUCAACCCCGUCAAAAUAAAGCUGGAUGAUUAUGAGGCCAAACUGAAGGAUCUGGAGAACAUGUUCUCAAGGAAGAAUGGAGCUGUGAAACCAUCCAGUGGCGCUCUGAUGGACGCCACUCUGAGGAUGUUUGAGGAGCUGAUUAACAACCUGCAGAAGAAGGUGGAGGAGCUCACAGGGAUGGAAAGGAGCCUGCAGAGGCAGCUGUCGUCCAUCAGUCAGAAGCAGCUGACUCAGGAACAGGAAGUGCUGAACGUUGACGCAGCAACAGAAGACAUCAGACUGCAGCAGCAAACGUGGAAGACAAAGGUGAAGGACGUCCAAACACUGAUGGACCAGAUGAGACGCAGCCUGGAGGAUGCCAAAGCUCAACUCAGAUCAGUCGAGUUUCCUCUCAGAGAUGCUCCUCUGACUUCAGACCAGUUGGCUUCUCUGGCACAGACCGCCACGAACCUGGCCAAUGAACACCAGGCAAAGGCGGACGCCAUAGAGCCGACAGCCAACGAGGCUCUAGACGAUGCCAAGAAGAGCCUGGAUCUGGUCCAAGUUCUGAUGGACCGGGAGAACAAAGUCAAAGACCUGACUGGAGACCUGAAGGUUCUCUACACUCAGCUCACCUCUCAGGUGAAGACUCUGGAGAACGAGGCUAUGAACCAAAGCGACAAGGCUCGGGUUGAGAGUGGAACAGCUGACCGGAUGUUGAAUGACAUCUCCAGGAUUGAGCAGAGUUUUCCUCCUCCUCUGAAGAUGGAUGUGGGUACCAUGGCACUCAGGCUGGGUGGGCUGGAGAAUGCGGUGCAGGAGAACAUCUCAGCUGUGGAGAAGCUGCAGGAUUCUGUGCAACAAAGCCAAACAUCUGCUGAAGAGCAACUGGCUGAAGGCAGAGCUGCUCAGCAGGAGGCCAACAAGCUGCUAGACAGAGUCAACAUUGCCAAAUCUGAAACAGAGAUCGCUCUGAAGAGCAUCCAAAACAACGUAGACAAACUGGAUGACACCCUGGACUCCCUAAGAGGUUUUGACCAACAAAUCGAUGACAGCAAAGCUCUGUCAGACGCUGCCAUCAAACGCCUUCCAGACAUCAACGCCACCAUCCAAGCAGCUCUUAGCAGCAAUGCUAAGACCCAGUCCACCUUAGACAUUGUGUCCAAAGGUCACAAAAACACACUGGGAACAAUUGACCAACUACAGAACCUCAUCAACAAUCUGGAGGGGACUCUAGACUCGUUGCCACCUCAAGCUGAUGUGGUGACUGAAGCCACAAGGCUGAACAAGGAAUCCAAGGACCUGAAGACAAACCUGGAGGGGGCGGCUGCAGACACGGACUCUCAGCUGGAAGAUGCCAGGCACCUGAAUGCUACAGCUCAGGAGGCUACUGCUGCAGCGACUGGAGCUCUCAGCAAGGCCUUCCAGACCAAAGAGGCCGUGCAGAAGGUUCUGCAGGAUGUCAACCAGCUGCUGGCCUCCCUGAACCAGUCCGAAGUCCUGGAUGAGAAGCAGGUGAAGCAGCUGGAGGACUCUCUGGCCUCUGCUGAGAAGGAGGUGGAGGACCACCUGAGGCCUCGACUCCACGACAUGGUGCAGCAGGAGGCGGCGCAGCGCCGACUCCUGACCCGGAUCAACCUGGACAUCGACAGCAUCAUGGCCGACAUCGCUAACCUGCAGAACAUCAACAGCACCAUCCCUGGCGGCUGCUUUAACAGCCCCCCCAUAGAGGAGGCCUGAAGGACGCAGACACUGAGAGCCCCAUUCUGGUCCUCCUGGGCCACCAUCUAGCCUCUUCCACAGAGUUCUACCUGUUCAGCAGGUCCUCGGGUUCUCCAGUAAUCACCUGCUGAGUGAAACCAGGUGUGCUGGAGCCAAGCAGAGGAACCUCUAAAAUCAUGGUGGUCCUGAAGAAGCUGGAGUUAGUUUAUACAAAACAGAUAUUUUGAUGCACUUUUAUCACCCACAACAGAAGAAGUGUUAACUCCUGAAAUUUUUGAUAUUUAUUGGAUAAUAAAUACAAAUAAAUGCUGGUAAAACAAACAUUUACGAGUCAGAUUUUAAAAUAAAAGCGUGGCCAUGUUGAUGGAGCUGGUUGUGUCUGCAAAUGUAUUUGAUUGUUUACCAUCAGGGUCAAACAGCAGAUAUGUAGUUUUCUAUGUGUGACUGAAAAUAAAAACCUUUCCUACA